UCGAUUUCGAACGAAAUUUUUGUUGUAGCCACUUGUUCGUGAACACGAGAAGAGUGCUAAUUUAUAAGUACAAUAUAAAUGUAUGAAUAGUUUGUAGACAAAACUGGGUUUUCGUAGUAAGAUUUGUAAACACAUUCUUCCAUAUCAAUAACAUUAUCAAGAAUUUCACGCACGCGCACUCGUCCCGUUAUGAUGUAAAUAAAUGUCAGCUGAUACUUUGUAUUUACCAUCUUAUUUACAAAAUUUGUUAUGACUAAUACCACGUAAGAUAAAAUACCUUCCACAAAUUACCCGUUCAAACCAAAACAAGCAGCAUGGAGGCAGAGAAACCCAAACCAAAAACUAAGAAAAAACGCGAGAAAGCCGAAAUUAAACAAACCCCACCCACUACAGACCAAGUAACGGAAGUGAAAAACGCCGAUAAAGACAUUGAUAGCUGUGAGGAAGCCGCCAAAGAAGAAACUGCGUCGCAGGUUUCAGACGGCGUAGAGGCGAUUGAGGUUGUCGAGGAAGUUAGAUCGGAACAAACCGAGCCCCCUACAGCUCCCGUUGAACCCCAACUUAGCGAAUUUGACCGGCUGUUGAACCUAAACAGGAAUUUGGCGUGUGAGAUCAGCAACCAGCAACAGCAGGAUAGUUUUGUGAACGCGGAAAAGAAAAUCGAUAAUGGGGCGCAAAAAGCCGCCAUUAAGCCGUAUACGGAGUCGCAGCUGGCUGCGUUGUAUACGAAUAGUGAAUUGGAGAUGUUGGAGCAGUUCACUUCGCAGUAUGUUGAGGCGGAAUUGAAAGGACUGGCGGCAAAACAACAUCCAUUGUAUGAGUUAUUGGCGAGUUAUUUACAAGUUAGGGGUAAAAUUACAGGCAACAGCCUCGAACUGGACCAACUGCGCAAAGAAUACCACGACCUCCAAUCCAUGCUAUGGACCACCGACACCGCCACCGUGACUGGCAGAGGCGAAUGCCUCGACGGCAGCAACGUCACAGCCACCCACUCAUACCAAAAAGCCACAUUCCACAGGUCCGUAUUCCAGAGCAUCGUCCGCAUCUUGGGCCUAGUGCGAAAAUUAACCUACGAGAACCACACCCUCUACGCUUACACAGCCGAAGAUCUCCGGCUGCAGAUCGAACUCUACAUUCAAACCGCCAUCCACAACUGCAUGAACGUAUCCCGACUGGAUAAAGACGCCCCCGUGAUUCUCUCCUUACAGAACGAACCGCUACACCUCAAACCGUACCUGUGCGAAAUCCGGCUCUGCAUAUCCGUGAUUUUUUCGUUCCAACGCAAGUUGAUUCGAGAUUCUCAAUUUAUCAAAGAGAGCCGUGAGUGGCUGAGUCGGUUAGUCGCAGUCUUGUUGCGAUUAUCCACCUACCAGGACCAUUUGUUCAUUUUGAACCAUAUACUGCGGUGUCCCCCAGGAGUCGGUUCAUGGGCCGCGCCUUUCAUCCAAACACCUCUGGAUGAAAGAAUUUCAGAUUCGCCGUUUUCGUCGUACCAGAUUAACCACGUUCUGUCGAUUUUGACGAUGAUUUUGACACCAGUCAAGGAAAGGGAGCGCUUUUUGGAAGAUAUUUCGCAAAGUCGGGACACCCCGGGUGAGUCUUUGUGGAUCGUGGUGGACUCCGAGGGCGAAGAAGACGACGAAUCAGGCAGUUCGUUACGAGAGAACGACCUAGUGGCAUUUUUAACACAGCUACCUUUGGAAAAUCUCUUCAGGAACGUGCUUCUAGUCGAUCGAAAAAACUUCGAAAAUUGCUAUGAUUUUUCGAAAGUGACGCAACACCACAUUUUGCGGUUUUUAUCCUUCGGGACCGUUUUGCUCAAAAUCAUAGAUAAAGGGCUGCGCACGUAUGACCAGUCGCGCUAUAACCAAUUCUCGAAGCGUCUCAGUCGUAUGAUCCGUCACGUGGUGCAGUACGCUACGGACCAAUGGGAACAGUUCCGGAAAGUCCCGAAUUUUGACGAUCCGGCGAUGAUGGAACGACUGCAAGUUGAAUACGACGCGUUUUUCCUACGUGCCAUCUACUACCUGUACACUUCGCAGAGGCUAGGGGCGUGGCAAUUUCUGGCUGUGAUACCGUAUAACCUGAUUACUAUUAAAACCGCUUGGAAGAUUUUUUAUUUCUUGCACGAUUCGGAUUUGUGCGCCCAGGAGAUUCUCAAGCCUGAGGAUGACGUCGAUUAUAGGGAGAAACUUUGGCUGGGGGCGUUUCGGUCCCAGUUUGAAGACAAACUAGCGUCUUUGGCGGAUGACGAGCUCUACUAUCUUUUGAACACGUUUGCGAAUAUGGCGUUAGAACGAGAGAGUGAAGAUCGCGAUUUUAUUGAAACGGCAACUAGAGAUUUGUUGCAAGUGGGGUUUAUCAGUAGGAGUACUCAAGAGAUUUGUUCCAAGUCGGCGCGAACACUUUUGACACAUAUCACGUCCAAGCACCCACACUUGUUGUCAAUGAUUUUGAAAGAAGUUAAAGAGAAUAUAGAGACUGCUGGUCCUUUGGUACUAUAUUUGUACGAGGAACUACCUCUGACGAUUUGGAGGAUAUCGGAAGACGACUUGGCGAUAAUAGCGUGGCUGCUUUCUAACAAUAUCGCUUGUAAUGAAAGCAAACUGGCGCGGAUGAUUCUGUCGCGUCUCAACUGGGAUAUCUUACCUUACGACAUGCAUUGCGACGUAGCCUUAUUAGUAGUGAAGGCUGCGGACCAAGAACCCGGGUACUUACAGUGGGCUUGGCAGACCAUCCUGCGAUUGAAGCUCCACAUCAGCGAUAAAGCCUUCACCGACAUCAAACAAGUACUAGAUCCAGAUCACUACGACGUUAUUAUGAAAGGUAUCCACCAACAGCAACCCUUGUCUAGCUUCGUCGCUGUUCUUAUGACCUCCUGGGGUCACUUGAUACCUUUAAUCUGCGGCAACGGGCUCUCUCAACUCCUGUUUCUCCAAACCCACCAAAAACACGAAGCCGUGCUUUUCGCCCUCUACGUAAUCGUCCCUUUAUUCAUUAACUCGCAAGAGUACAUCAUCAACAACGAACGUUUCCAGGAGAUAAUCUCAAAUUUGAUUAACGCGGAUCGUGGGUACAUAUCCAUGGCGAAGAGUUUGAUAAGUGUGCAAAACACCGUGUUGCAACAAUUCGGGAACAUGAUAGAAACCCAGAUUGUCAAUUUCGCGAAGUACGACUUGAGCAGUCCGCGCUGUUUGGUACGACUUUGGUUCAACACCAUGGUGUCCAUCCCGAACUGGAAUCGAGAUUCAGGGGUUAUGUAUCUACUAGACGUGAUAGUGAGGGCUUCAUUUUUUCACCAAGACGCGUUAGAAGUGGCUAAUACUAUCUUAAAAGAGCUGCUGCAGAGUAACGCGGCACAGGAUCAAGGUGGUACGAUUAGUUCCAUAGUGAAGUGGGUAUCGAAUUCGAGUACCAGCCCGUGUUUGAUUUCGGGCUCUCUGGCGACUUACACAUGGCUCGCCUAUCUGGUUAUAGAACUAGAGUUUGAAGAUCGCGAAAAACGAACGGGGUUGUGGCGGGAGCUACUUUUGCAGCUGAAGAACCAAAAAGGAAAAGUCAGUGUAGACGCGGCUCUCAAGAAGGCCGCAUCUAUGUUAAAAGUGCCAGGGUUCACGUCGACGUACCUUUCUAUCUAUAGAUGGGCCCAACAGGCUCUUGAUUCCCCAAUCGAUCACCCUUUGUUGCCGCUAUUGUGGCAGAAAUUCUUCGUUUUGUACUUAACGCGUCUACCUUUGGCUAGUAGUACCGAUGACGGGUGCGUAGGUGAAAAAUUCUUCGACGGUUUGGUCAAUUUUUCCUUCUUAAAACGCAUUAAACGCAAACUACAAGAAACCCUCGAUAGCUAUAGCGAACUGAUGAACACUGAAGAGGAUCCUUCUAGGAAACAGUACCUAGAAACUUGUGUCAAUUUGUUUAAAGCUUUCAAUGCGUGGUUGGAGGAACCAAGAUUGCAAAAAGGGAAUCUUCAUUUAUCGUCUUUGCCUCCUCUGUAUCUACCCAAUCUUCUGGCUUUCAUCAUCCAAGGCAGCAGUACCCCUUGGUACGAAUACGCAGACUAUGAUCGGAUAAAAUCCGAGCAAUCCGAGUGUGUCCGAAUUUGGCAAGCUUCCAACUUCCGCCACAAAAGCAACAUUAAUAAACCGCUACUCAAUCCGGGGAAGUCCAUGGAGAGUUCCGACCCCGUCGAACGCAUCCUGCGCCGUCUGACGGUAUACGAAACCCCCAAAGAUCCUCCUCCAAUCAAAAAUCACGCCCCUAUCGUUCCCGUCAUUGAUUUCAGCAGCAAGGAGGCGAUGUUCAACUCUUUGGAUCAGUGUUUCAAGACUUUGAAGCAGUUUGCUCAUAAUCAAACUUUAAAAGUUUCGGAACACAAAGCGCUGGAUUGUUCAUACCAAGAAUUAAUACCUCAGUUGUACCGUUCCGUUUUGAACAAAGUCAGCAAAAAGGUUCCUUGUAAAGGCCGGAACGAAACGGUCAACUGUUCAGGGGCGGCUCUUAUUGUUCUCGAGAUGCAAGAAGCCAGAGUGAACGAGAGGAUUGACCAUCAAAUACAGACGAAUAGGAAUGCGUAUGAGUCACUUCUAGCGAAGUCGUUGCAAGCCCCAGCUAGCGCUCUCUGUACGGCGUCUGUCACCAUACAACAAGCGAUAAAGGUUUUGCAGGCCCAAGUUCGAUGUAAUCCGGCGUGUGCGGAACUCGGAAGCGACCUAUUUUAUCACAUUUUGUCUUUGGUUAAUGACGAAACGGGUGCCUAUUUACCUACAAAGACACUGUUCGCUUCAAGUUUGGAGAAGUUGGGUCAGUCGCAUAUUUGUGGGGUGGAGUUCGAAAUGCCCCGACUUUUGGAACGAAUACUUAAGGAACCCGCGCUAGGAGGGUAUUUAGCCCCUCACUUCUCCCCAAGUAACAUAGGUACGGCGAACUUGCUUUAUAUGUACUCAACGAUUUGUCAAGAAAUUGGAAGUAACUAUGACGUCGCAUUCGCACUUCUGUCAAAGUUUGAGAUUGACAAGUGGUUGCGUUUAAAGGAACCAAGGUUGAGUCAAAGGGGUGAAUACAUCCAGUGCGUAAUUAGAGCUUUGACGAUGUUGGGGUACGAACCACCCGUCGAAUCUUUAAUGUUGCACGGACUCUACCGAAAGCACUUACUAACGGUGUUUGAAUUCCAAUUCCCGGAACACUACGGAGAAAUUUUAAUAAACCUGUUGAAAGCGAGUAAUGGGAAUGCUGACACUUCCCUUUUAGCCAAGAGUGUUUGGUUAGAUACCAUUAAUUCUCUAGCGAGACCUGUGCAAAUCAAUUUUAAAAGCCCCUUGAAAGACCAGUUGAGGCAGUACGCCCAACAUCAGAAGAUGUUGCAGCAUCAAGAGCUGCUCGAAACCGCGGAACUCUUCUCUAAGCACUUCACCCAAGAGCGACUGCAGUACGGUCUUUAUGGCCUCUACCCGAAAUGUCGGAACUAUAUCGACAUUUUUGUCAUUCUUCUCGGGAUGACGGGUCACGGGCUCAUCACCAGUAGCCUGAACACCCAUCAAGGUCUACUCGGUGACGAACUCUCCCGGAAAAUCUGGCCUUACUUAGUCAACAUGUUCGCCCCAUGGAUCAUCCCGUAUUCCAUGCAGAACUUGAAAGACAACAUGGCUUCCUGGAUCCAGCAGCUAGCCGACGACCGUUCCAUCCUCCUCCCUUGGAUCCCCUCCGAUAGUCCUCUCGCCCAAAAAAUCAUCCGAGUGUUUUACGAAUGCGUGCAGUUCCUCAUUUACACGUUACCCGCUUGCGGCAACAUCCUGUCCUUCAUUUGGCAAUGGUACGUAACGGGUUUCGCCCACAGUGCCGUCAAAGACCACAUUCUGGGACCCAUCCACCACACGUUUUUGGCAUUCCCAUGGGAGCACUUCUGGCCUUCGCUGACCGAUUUGGAGUUCAUGCUGCGGGUGAUCGACCAGUACUUGCCCGAGUGUCAUUCGUUCCUAGGCCACAUUUUCAUAUCAGUGCCUUGGUCGGCCUGGAUGACCAACUUCAAGGUGUCCCCACCCCAGGUGAAAAGCCGGGUUCACCUGUGUUUCCUCAACCUAUUGGUGAAGCUGUCGAACGAGCCCAACGUGCGCAAUAAGUAUGCGGAGAAGGCCAAGUCGUUGCUGGUGGAAGCCGAAGGGUUCGAAUGGGGAGUUAUCGAACCGGUAGUGUUCCAACACGUUAUGGAUUGGUACGUUCUGAGCUGUGAUCCCGUUGUGAUUUUCAAGAGUGACCCUCUUGAUCUCGACUUUAGAGUUUUACACUUUCUUAAGACUGUUUCUGGCUAUGACAAAGCGGUGGAUAACCCUACCGCAGAUAGUCUGACGAAAAGAUUGAUUUACGUGAAAAGCUACGUCAAACUGGUGUCAGUUUACGUGAAUAGGCAUAAGUCAGUCGUGACGACCAAAGAGAAUGAUAUAAAGGCUGUGAUAACCCAACAAUUGACCCAUUUGGAUGGGGUCGUGCGAAGUUCAAACGAAUUCAACGUGAUUCUGAGGGAGGUGGUACAAAUUGUGAAUAUACAAAACGUGUGUCAUUGCGCUUUGAAGUGUUUUGAUUCGUGGGUACUUAAUAAGAGUGGAGAUGGGCUAGUGGUGAGGGGUCUACUUCAAGUUUUAGGUACGUCGAUUGGAGAUAGCGAGGCUCUUGGAUUUUUACUAGAGUCCACGAUUACUAGUUACUUCCAAAAUAGCAUUUCCGGUACUUUCAACCCGUCGUGGUCGGAAGUGGGACAGCUUUUGACCAUCACUGCUACGAAACAAACAGAACUCGAGCAAAUCCUUCUAAACCGAGGCUACAUUCUGACGUUGAACGCGCUGUUCAUCCAGCGAAUCGAAAAGUGCCACGAUGCCGAAGGACUCCUUAACUUGUCGAUCGGAUGGGUCCAGAACCUAAAAAUAGGUGGCGAAAACUCAGAGUCCAAAGUACCCUUACUCUGGUUUGGUAUUCUCCGCCUAGCUCUUCUUCAUUGCGAGAAAGACGAAGCCACAACUGGCAUCAUUUUACACAGAUUCGCCAAAAUUCUUCUCCAGUUGUCGGAAGACAAGGGUAGUUCCCGCUGGGGCAAGGGUUUGCUGAGUGCGAUCGGGAUCAGCAAACAGGAUUCGAUUUCUAUAAAUUUUAGGUUCUUGUGUCGGGCGCUGGGAGGCUACAUUUUGGCUCAGCUUCCAGAGAUGAAGGGCGAGCCGCAGGUCGUGCGCAAAAGUGCGUACGCCCCGGCUAGAGUAGGUCAAGCGGGCGGGAACAACGAGUGUGCCAAGGUUCUGAUGAGUCUGGGGUUCGGUCAGUCGCAGGGGAAGAUCAAGGAGUGCGAGGAGCUAGCGCUUAAUAAAAUCCAAGAUGCGGAAAAUUCGAUGCACAACGCUUCGAAGUUUUUAGAGCUCUUAGUGAAACAGUUUUAUAUGAAACCGUAUCUGAAAACAGUAUGAUAAGCGUUGCUAUGUUAUAAUUUUUAUAUAUGUUGUAAGAAUAAUAAUAGCUUUGAACAAGCAAA